AUGGAUGCAUUACGAAACCGACUAAGUGAUUUGAGCCGAGAUGAACUCAUACAAAGGAUUCUUGAGUCCGAAGUAGCUCUAACCGAGUUUCAAGAAUCAAGUAGAGAUUUGGAAAAAGCUUUGGAAGAUGAAUUACACGACUUGGAAUCAAACAACACCAAUAUGCAAAAACAAAUUAACGAAUUGAAGAAGCAGUUGGAAAAUAGUCGACGACACAAUAAAGAAUUGAGUAAUGAGAUCGACUCGUUACAAGAACAUAUACAUAAAAAUGAUAAAGAAAUUGCCCAGUUGAGACAAACUUUGGUGAAUGUGGAAAUCACCAAUGACACAAUGGAAAACCAAGAUCGCAUCAUGACCAGUAAAUAUGAAGUACAACAAUCGCUUAAUAAUCAAUUGCUUGAAAAGUUGGCGAUUUUAGAAGAUGAAUUGGAUCGUACAAAAAAGGCCAAUAUGGAACAAGGUUUACACGUCGCAAACUAUAAAAUUCAGAUAAAAGAUUUGCAAACUAAGAUUGAUACAAUUGAGCAGAGGCUGAAGCAGGAACAAGAACAAAAACAAAAACGGAAGCAAGAGAUGAAUAAAUGUGUUGAUAGGGGUGGUGCAUCUUCGAUAUCGCCCUUGGAUGAGAGGGAUACACUGUUCUUGAGUAUUCGCGAGAUGCUAAAAAGUACACCGCCCCCAGACAAGAUCCGAGACACCAGCAGCAGCACCAGCUCCAACAACAAUAACAAUAACAAUUGCAAUUCGUCAUACCAGAUGGGCAGAUUAAAGAAAUCAGAUUCGUUACAAAAACUCAAGAAUCUCACUAGAGAUAUUGAGGUGUUCCUUGGAAAACAGCAGCAGCGGCAACAUCACCAGCAUCAGCAUGAACAAGGAGAUGGACUUCUGAGUAGACUGAGUAUGUUGAAAUCACCUUCAACUACACAAUUGAGUACGAUGGAGGAUUCGACCGCAACCAGACGCGAUAGGAGCAGCAAGAGAAUUUCAUAUAGUAAACGGUUUUCGGAUUUACCUUCGAUUGGUGGAAGUCCGAUUUCGCAAAGAUUAAUGAAGGAAUCGACAUAA